AUGUCUAGUUUAAGUAUAUUAUUUAUAUUAGUCCUUAUUAUUGCAGUUCUUUUUUUAGUUAUUAACUUAGUAUUUGCUCCUCAUAAUCCUAAACUUUGAUCUGGGAAAUCAUUAUAUUGGGAUAAACUGCCAAAUUCCGGGGAACCCCUAAAGCUCUUGGUACUAAACCUUAUAUGAAAAUAUAUAGGUGGCUGAAAUAAUUACUCAGGUAUAGUAACAAGUCAAGAGAUGAUUGAAAAAGAAAUGGGAUAUCGCGGAUCUAAAUCAAAUAAGGGUAAUACUUUAUUUGUAAAAGAGCAACGAGUAGACGGUAGUUACAUUGAAUAUUUUAAUAAAAAAAAUUUUUCAAUGUUAAGGUAUACUCUAGUGGGCUUCGAAAGAAGUUAUCUAAUCAAAAUCCCUUCUAACUUUAUAAAUUUAAAAAGAAAUUUUAGUACCUUAGAAUAUAAAUUAAAUCCUUUUUACGUCACAGGUUUUGUAGACGGUGAAGGUUCUUUUAUAUUAACUAUAAUAAAAGAUAAUAAAUAUAAAUCUGGUUGACGUGUAGCUUGUAGAUUUGUAAUAAGUUUACAUAAAAAAGAUAUAAUGUUAUUAAAUAGCAUUAAAGAAUUUUUUAAUACAGGUAGCGUAUUCUAUAUGUCUAAGGACUCUGCACAAUACCGUGUUGAAUCUUUAACAGGUUUAGAUAUUAUAAUAAAUCAUUUUGAUAAAUAUCCUUUAAUUACAAAAAAACAAUCAGAUUAUAAGUUAUUUAAAUUAGCCCAUAAUUUAAUAAAAAAUAAAAAUCAUCUUACUAAAGAUGGUUUAUUAGAACUUGUAGCUUUAAAAGCUGUAAUAAAUAAUGGUAUUAAUAAUGAUUUAAGUAUUGCUUUCCCAAAUAUUACUACUGUAUUAAGACCUGAAGUAGAAGAGCCUCAUAUAAUGAAUCCUUAUUGAUUAUCAGGGUUUGUAGAAGCAGAAGGUUGUUUUAGUGUUGUUAUUUUUAAAAAUAAAACAUCUAAAUUAGGUGAAGCAGUUAAACUAAGUUUUAUAAUAACUCAAAGCAUUAGAGAUGAGUCUUUAAUAAAAAGUUUAAUAGAAUAUUUAGGGUGUGGUAAUACAAAUUUAGAUUCUAGAGGUACAAUUGAUUUUAAAGUAACUAAUUUUUCUAGUAUAAAAGAUAUAAUCCUUCCUUUUUUUGUUAAAUAUCCUUUAAUAGGUAAUAAAAAAUUAGAUUUAUUAGAUUUUAAUGAAAUAACAAAACUAAUGGAAAAUAAAUCACAUUUAACUUUAGAAGGAUUAAAUAAAAUAAAAGAAAUCCGUAAUAAGAUGAAUACUAAUAGAAAAUUACUUUAA